AUGGCAAAAUAUUUAACAGACACGGACUUUGGGAGUUUGCCCGAUUCAACAGCUGCAUCACCAUCAGAUCAUGUGAAAGACAAUUAUGACACUAACAGAGAACAGGACUAUGUCAAGAAUUCUGGGGGUGUACUUGGUGACAAUGAAUUAAGACCACCCUCCCAGCUACAUUCUGUCUUAGAGGAGACCGAGCCAGGGUUCAUAUCAGAAAAGAUUUUUGAGACAGUGUCCUUGAGUUCAGACUCUCUCUUCCAGAGGGCAAUUUCAAUUCUUCAUACUUCUUACUUGGACUCUGCAUCUGAGCAUGGUUUUCAGUACAGUCAAGUGACUUUGGUGAAAAAUGACAUUUUCUUAAAUGAGUACAAAGCUUUUUACCAAGAAAAAAAAGCAAGUAAUUAUACUCAGGAAGAACUUAAAGAGACUUACGGAUUUCUUCUGUUUGAAACUGAAAGUCAGGCAAAGUUAGUAUGUCAGCGUGGACUCUGUGUGGGCAGCGGUGCUCUUACUACUCUUGGUGACCCAGCCAAAGGUGUGUAUAUUUCCAAAUAUUCAGACUAUCUUCAUGCAAGACCAUGGUAUCAUGGGAAGUCUGGUUAUGUUGUAAUUUUUAACCUAAUUAAGGGAAAAGUCAAGUUUGUGUCUGAGAAUUAUACAACUAACUAUACUAGCCCAUCUUCUGGCUAUGAUUGCCACGUGGCUGCAAAUACUAACAAGGUUUCUCACAAGACGAGUCAUUUUCGCGCAUUUGAACUGAGUCAGUAUUACCUCUAUGAACUUUCAGGCAGCACUGUUAUUGAGCGGCCCAGGCAGAUCUGUCCUUAUGUUAUUGUAGCUUUUCAGUACAGGGAACCUAAAAAGAUGGCAGCGUCAGCUCAUGAAAGCAUAUUUGAACUCAGUGAAAAUGCUCUUACCCCUUUGUGGCAAGGCAAAUUAAUUAUUCAAGGCUGUCUGCUGUGUGAUGUCAGUCUUUGGUCCUCUUACGGUACAGCUGUUCCAGCCCAACUACCACAUGAACUAGAUUUUAAGUAUGUAAUGACAAUCUCAUCUUUGAAAAAAAGACUACCAGAAGCUGCCUUUCGAAAACAGAAUUACUUGGAGCAAAAAGUCUGUUGCCAAGAUAUGUGCUUCAGGAUGUAUGAGGUGGAACUGUCAAACAAACAAGGGGAAAAAAUAGAUAAGCUAAUAGAAUACAUUAAAAAUAAGCAACUGGCGAUCGUCAAAUGCUUAGAAGAUCGGGGGUUUUUCAUUUUACUUACCUCAUCAGCCUUAAUGUCAGAAACAAAUUUUGCAGAUGAGCGGGCGUGCCUCCAUGGGUUACACUUAUUCCAUUCGUCCCCUCCAGCAGGGCUGAAAGAAUUGAAAGUUGAAGAUGACAUCUCAUCAAAGGUAACACCUGUUUUACCUGCCCUUAAUUGUGCCCUUCUGGAAGCAAAAAAAUCGUUUACUGAAGAGGGAAUCUGUCCAAACACGUUAGUAAAGCGUAGUUUCCAAGAACUGUACAAGGUGGACAAAAGUCCCUCAUUGACUGCUGCUUCUCAGGAUGGAAUUAAAGAGACUGCGUUCUUCGGCCAACUGUCCAAUGGCUUUGACUUGGCUCCUCCAGCAGAAAAGUGCCCUUUACAGUCAUUCACUCAGUUGAAGUCUUAUUUUUCAGAUCCUACUGGGUACAUUUUGGAAGUGUCUACCGCAUUAGAUUUAUUAGCAGAGCGUCCUCAGUCCCCUUGUAUCUCAGAUGGGAUUUGCGAUGCUGGAUUUUCUUUAGUUAUGACUCCAGAUCCUGAAUUUUUGGAGUCAGAGGCAGAAGUAAGAAAAGAAACUGAAACUGAAAAGAAUCCCGAAGACAUGUCGAAAGCAAGGCAGGGAGCUGUGAUCUCGGUAAACCCAGCCUUAGGUCGGAGAGUCCAGCCCAAGAGGAAGGCAAGCGUGCCGCCCGCCGUGCAGAGUAAACGGGUGAACUUGUGCCGUCCCUUCCCCAAGAGGGCUGCCAGUGCGGGCAAGGGUUCCAACUGUCCCACGACGCUCAAAUUAGUUAAAGGACCGUUUCCUCAGAAAAGAAAAAGAGGUGCUGAAGUGCUGACUGCACAGUUUGUACAGACAACCAAAUUGGAUAGGAAAAACCAAGAAGCUCCCAUUUCUAAAGAUGUUCCAGUGGCAACGAGUGCUAAAAGGGCAAGGAAACAAGAGAACUCUCCAGUCAAAACUGUUCCAAGGGCUAAGCCACCCGUGAAGAAAUCUCCACAAAAACAGAGGGUAAAUAUAGUAAGAGGCAAUCAGAAUCCCAGACUCAAAAAGCAGCCACAACCUGCAAAAGGAGAAACUGGUUCACAGCUUCAAUCAGAAAUCUCAUCACUUGGUCAAGAGGAUGUUGACAUAAAUGCAGCUCGGGCGGAAAGCAUCUCAGUGGCUCAGAAAGAUCUACCUGAAAACUCCAUUGUCAACUGUGACUCCCAGGCCCUAAAUAUGUUAGCUGACCUAGCGUUAAGUGCUGCUACUUCCGCCACGCCGCCAUCUGAGCCCAGAAACUUUCCCUGCCCCUCUGAACUGCCACAAGAUGAUGUUUUGCUUUCUAAAGAACAUUCUCUGCACGGUACGUCUGACCAUGAAUAUCACAGAGGAGUUAAAAAUCAGAAAGGUGGACUGUUCCCGAAACCCUCCACUGGGAGGAAGAGCCCUCCAACGUCAGACUCCGCUGUCAGCCAGGAGGAAGAGAGCUCGGUUCCUGGCAGCAAGGCCCCUGUGGAAGCCUCGCCAGCACUUCCCGAGGAAACACUAGAAACUUCUGAGGCAAGCCAAAGCACUUUCGUUGCCGUGGAACAUUCCUAUGCCCUGCUGCUUGCAGAACAUUCAAAGAAACAUCUGCAACAGAGAGGAAUCCCAGGCCCGGCCUUCGCCAAGAAUGGCACCAAAGGCCCCGAGGCAGGGACCCCUGUGGGGAAAGUCAUGCCCUUCCGACAUCAGCAGAGCACCUCCCCGCUGCGGAAGCUGUCUGAGGACCCGCUACCCAAGUGCAGGAGCCAAGUGGUGUCCUCCGACCCGAGAGACUUCCAAUGCUCUCACACUGUGCUCAGCUGUGACGGCUCUGUCAAGGUCACGUUCCAAUGUGAGACAGAGUACGUAUUCGGCUUAGACAGCAAGUACACCAACCACCCGCUGGAGAAAACUGUAGUAAGAGCGCUGCAUGGGCCCUGGAACACUGACUUACCUGAUAAUGUGGAAGAAGUGAAGCUUUUACUUCAUAUGUGGGUGGCUCUGUUUUACAGCAGUCACAACAAGGUGAUGCGGUCAUCCCGAAAAGUGGUGGAGCACAGCAACCCCGCAAAAUAUGUGUCUAUAAAUAGCACAUUAGAAUCGUUGGAAUUCAGCGAACUUGAGGAGGCCUCCAGCGUGCAGAGGUGUCCUGUGGACCCUCUGUUGGAGACUAACAAAUCUCCCAGAGGUCCUGCUGCCGACGUGUCCUUCCCAGACGCCGACUCCUUGCUUCCCUUCAUUAAACCACCACCCACGAGAGGCUUGGAGCUCUGGGUGCAGAACGAACAGAAAGAGAUUUUUGCAGGAGAGGGUCUUCCAGACACCCCAGAGAGCCAGAAUUUCAUCUAUUCCUGUAAUAAUGAGGUAAUUGGGGAAAAAGCCAAAGAAGAUUCAUCAGAUAACCUAGAGACUUCUAAUCUUGUGCUUUCUGGUAUUGGAAGUACCCAAACUAAUGGGCCUCCUAUUCCUGGUGAAGAUAAAGCCUUUGAGCCACCUGAUAGCACAAGAGUGACUUCUGACGAUACUGUCACGCAAACCGCACUCACCAAGACUUACGAUGGGAUCAGCAGUCAGUCAGUGAUUUGUCAGAAGUCUGCAUACAGCACCCUGGAAAGCAAAGCUGAUAUUUUUCAUGCAACAGUGCAGACAAAAACAGGUACCUUACAGGGCCAUGUCCAGCACAGAAGCCCCGUAAACCAAGAACGCCAGCCUUCAUUGGAGAGGAAGGAUGAUACAGAGUAUGUGAUGAUUAAUCUGGAACCAGUUACGUUCACUUUUGAAAAAAAUAACUAUGUACCAGUACAGACAGAAGUUGUAAAUAGAACCCACGAACCUAUGGCCUUUACUAUGGAGUCGAUUAAACAGGUACCACCUGCUACAAGUCUUAGACAUCCCGUGUCUGCAUUUGAAAAAGCACAAACACAAGGCCUUAGGGACGUUCCCUCUCUAGCAACGUCCAGACAAAAAGGCACUAAGCACCUGUGUGCCUCCUCCGUCAGUAGAGAGACACUUGCCGAAGAAGUGUGUUCGCUACAGAAAGAGAUUCCUGUUCCAGGCUCAUCGUCACCAUCUGAUAAUUCAGUGGUGGCGGAGGCAUUAUCGUUAGUUAAAAGUUCUAAUUUUUCGUUACCCAAAGAAGAAAUGAAACUCUCUCAAGAAUUUUUUCUGCAGACUCCAAGUCUCUUUGGCAUAUCUUCGGAAGAGGUCGUUGAGCCGUCGCAGGUUGAAGAGGUGGUCCUGGCACCAGCCUCUGCCACUUUGGAAAAAGGUUAUUCACAUGACUACAUGCCAUCAAUGGGUAAUACAGCCGAUAGCUCCUCAGGACUGACCGAUGACAAGAGCGGUCUCCAGAGUGAAAAUAGGAGUUUUGAGUCUUUGAAUUCAGCAUUUACCCAACCAACCAGACUCUCUCUGAAUAGAGAGGAGGCCAGCCUGGAGUUCUCAGAGGAGGAUUCCGACAUAGACCUCACGCUCACGAUAUCACCACCAACCAGCCCCAGAGAAGAAGUGCCGGCUGGCAGACUGGAGCUGCAGCAGGAGGCCUCGGCAUCAAAUGUAGAACUUCCUGACGUGACUGACGAAAUAAUCAAGCCAGAAGAGGUGACUCUCAUAGAAAACAGAAAAGCGAAUUCUGCUAACUGUACAUCCACGUAUCCUGCGGUGUCAGAGAAAUCAUUAGAAAACGAGAGAAAAGGUGAUAAUUUACAAACAGUCACCUUAAUACUUUCUAAAGAAACUUGUGCCCUUGAGAUUGCAGAGGAGGUUAAUGUCACCUCAGACUUUCCCUUCAGUUCUUUAAUUGAAGAAGUGUCACCAGCUUCUAGUCCUGACCCCCAAGUGCCAGUCGAAGGAACACAACUAUGUCAGGCUGUGUCUCUGUGUAGUUUAAAACUUGCUGAUACACACUGUGAGAAAAGUGACCGAUUCUCCCAGGUCGAGUCAGUAGAUUCGGCCAUCACGGAGAAAGAAGGCUCUUUUGUCAGUCCUACCUGUCCAGGGGAACGAGACAGCGUACCUGGAGUACACGAGACGUGGCUUUCUGCUGGGCUGCCUCACCCAGGAAGAAAAGAUGGCUGUUUGAGCCUUCCUAGUAGAGCAACCGAGGAAGUUGUCCCGAGGGAGCAUAGCGAGGGUUCCUCUUUCUCAGAAAAGGUGCCGUCCUGUGAUACGGGCUUGAGCCAGCCUGCCUCAGCUGCCCAAUAUGGAGAUGACUUCAAGCUUUCUCUAGAAAAAUUGGUAACAUCAGGAAUUCCACUGCAGCCACUUAGCAUACAGAACAGGAAUUCAGACUUAAAUCAUCUGGUCUUGGAGACCUGGGAGUCUCCAUUUAGCCCUAGAAAGAUGAUUGAAAAUAAGUCUCUGGCUGACACAUUUGUUUCUACAGCUGCACCAAGUGCUAUAGCAAAUGUGUCACUGAAACAGGAGAUUGGCCCCAAAAGCAUCGAGAAGAAUCUCUUCAGCAGUGAUUUGAAGACGAAUGAAGGCAUUUACGUCCAAGCCAAGUCCUUGAGCUCCGGCUCCGUUGGCGGAGCUGACGCCACACAGACACGCAGGCACUCGGGGCUCCCCAGACUUGCCUUUCGUUCACAUGGCGCUGCUGCCUUCCCCCAUUGUUCAACAGCCACGAACGCAGAGACGGGCUUUCAAACUCAGGAAAUAGCCGUAGUCAGAAUGGCCAGUUUGCUUAAGAAUAGUGACACUGAGGCCAAGUUCCACGAAAAAGCCAUAGAUCUAGGAGGUGUUGAUUCUCAGUUGCACAUCACAUCUCCAGAAGAUAAGCAAAAAACAAUCCAUGUGCUGCAAGACGGGUCAGUGUGUGAAACAAAAGAUGUGUUGAAGGCUGGGCUUUCCCCCACGUAUUUACAUGCUGAUUCUUACCAAGGUACAGCAGUCACCAGUGAAAAUAGCAGUAGAGAGCCUUGUGCUUCCUUUGUUCCCCAGUCUCACACCCCUCUUAUCUGUGGAGUCUCUGAAGAACAGACGGCAAAUAAGGGUCCUGGUGAGGGGCUCAGAGCCAAGGAAGACUCGGGGACCCUGAGCAGAGACAUGGACCUUGGUGUGAAUUCUGACAUCCAUUACGAGCCACUUUCUGGAGAGUCCGAUCAAGACUCUUGUGGUGGGUGUAGAAAUCCCCAAUCAGUGGUGGAGGGUUCCUGCUCUGUGCGAUGUAGUCAAACCAAGAAGGAAGAUGCUCCAAAAGAUGAUUAUGACUCUUUCCUGAGCCCAAAUAAUAGUGAUAAUGAAGAGUGGGGCUACUGCAAGCAGUCCUCAGGGUUGGAAACAGGCCUUCCUCCCAGACACUGGCUCUGUGGACUCAAGAAGGAAGACCGGUGUGUGCCAUCUUACGUCCAGAUCCGAGACCUCCGUGGCAUCCUCAGGACUUAUGCUAAUUUCACCAUAACUAAAGAGCUCAAAGAGACCACGAGAGCUUUGCACAGCCUGAAGAGGUGCCCUGGUUUCAUGGCAAAACGUGGUUUGCUCAGCUCCUGGACAAAUACUUGGCAGGUGGCAGAUGACCUCACCCAGAACACUUUGGAUCUGGAGUAUCUGCGUUUUGCACAUAAGCUAAAACAGAUUGUAAAGAACGGAGAUUCUCGGCAUUCUGCCUCUUCUGCCAGUGUCUUUCCAAAGGAGCCCCCUCUCCAGAUCGCUGCGGGAGCUCCCCCUCUGACAAAACUAUCCGAGGCCCCGGCUCUGCGCCCUGCGUCCCGGAGCAGAAGUCCCCUCAUGGUAACAGUGGUUCUCUCGGACCCCAGACAGCAGAGUCUGCAUAGGAGAGGCCAGAUGCUCGGCGGUUCGGACAGUUCCUGCUUCUGGAAGGAGAGGUGUGGUCACGGUAGAAAUCAUCUUACAAACUCUGAAAGAAAUCACACCGUUUCAUUCCACCUCAACAAACUGAAAUACAACACGACUUUGAAAGAAUCCCGGAGUGAUAUUUCGCUUAUUCUCAACGAAUAUGCUGAAUUCAACAAGGUGAUGAUGAAUAGCAACCCGGUCAUUUUCCCAGAGAAAGAGUCAAGUGCGGCUCCUGGAGAAGCCGCCUCUCCAGAGCUGUACUCCUCUCUCCCGCGGGCAGCCUCCUACGAGGACAUGAUCACAGACCUGUGCACCAGCUUGCACGUCAAACUGAAGAACGUGGUGAAAGAGGCCUGCAAGAGUCCCUUCCUGUUCUACCUCGUUGAGACCGAAGACCAGUCAUUCCUUGUGAGGACGAAGGCCCUUCUGAGGAAAGGAGGCCAUACAGAAAUGGAACCGCAGCAUUUCUGUCAAGCUUUUCCCAGAGAGAACGAUACACUGGUGGUCGUCAUCAGAAACGAAGACAUAGCAUCGCAUCUGCAUCAAAUUCCCUGUUUGCUGAGGCUGAAGCACUUCCCCGGUGUCGUGUUCGCUGGCGUGGACGGCCCUGAAGACGUCCCCGAGUGCACCUACCAGGAGCUCUUCCACGCCGGAGGCUUUGUGGUCUCAGAUGACAAGAUCCUGGAAACUCUGACAUUAGUUCAGCUGAAGGACGUGGUCAAAACCCUGGAGAAGCUGAACGGAAACGGGAGAUGGAAGUGGCUGCUUCACCACAGGGAGAAUAAGCAGCUGAAGGAAGACGUCAGAAUGGAUUCGAUAGCACGUAAGAAGAACUUAAUACUGAGAUCCUAUCAGAGUGCGAAUCUCAUCGAACUGCUUCAUUACCACCAUUGUGACUCUCGAUCGCCAACAAAAGCAGAACAUUUGAAAUGUCUGCUCAACCUGCAAGUUCAGCACGUCCACGCCAGGUUCGCGGUCUUCCUGACAGAAAAGCCUACCAUCUCCAGAGAAGUCUUUGAAAACAGUGGCAUCCUUGUUACAGAUGUAAAUAACUUUAUUGAAAAUAUACAAAAAAUAGCAGCUCCGUUUAAGAGUAGCUAUUGGUAA